CUAGUUCUGAUACUGCCACUAACUGGGCAAGUGAUUUCAGCAUUUAGGCCUUAGUUUUUCAUUUGUAAAAAAAAAAAAAGGGGGGGGGGGAGGGAGAGAUUGGACCUCAUCUUCCUGAGGUGCCUUAUCACCUCAAAUAUUCUAUGAUUCUAUGAUUGUAAAGGAAACUUGCCACAAAAGUCUGCCAAAUAUCAAGUCAUUCUCAACAUACAGGAUGUCCCCCAAAAUGUGCACACACUUUAACAGCUGAUAGCUCAAUUUUGAAAAUGAAAUGCAUUUUAACAAACACUGUCUUUAUAAUUAUUCAAAGUGUGUGUGUACAUUUUGGGGGACAUUCUAUUUAUAUGUAGUCUAUUGUUUCAUUUACUUUAAAAUCCAAAGCCAAAUAUUUGCCUUCAUUUAAUGUAUCAUAUAUAUUAUAUAUGAUAUUUUAUAUAUAUAUAUAUAUAUUAUCAAGCAGAAUAGUAUAUUAAUUAAGAGCAUAGAUUUUGCAGACCGGUAAUAUUGGACUAGUUCCUUCUUUAAUCUUUACUAGGUAGAAGAUCUUAAAAUAUCUCCAGUCCCACUUUCUGUCUGCAAAAAAGAAAUUAUAAUGUCUAUCUCACAGAGUUGUUGCAAAGAUUAAAUUAGAUAAUGCAUGUAAAUCAUUCAACACAGUGCCAGUAUGUAGAAAUCACACACAAUAAGUAUUCCUGUCAUAAGAUCAUUUAAGUGCCAAGCCAACUGCUUCCUAAAUGUUUGAGUGUUUUGUGCAAGUCAAGAGGGUAGUUGACCAAUUCCCCUAUCAGUGUGCCUACUGGACCAGGUUCCAAGGAUAACCUAUGUCUGUCCCCUUUCCUUGUCCUACUGAUCACUUCCUCCAAAUCAUUCUCCCCCAUUUGCCUGGGGAAUCCAGAAGACACUGCCAGAUCUUUCUGCCUCUCCCUUGGUCUCCAGGCGGAGUGCGUGCAGUGUACGGAGUAGCUUAUUCCUUGGUUUGCAUGUUGCUGCGGUGGCCCCAGCCCUCUCAGAAACGGUGACUUCAGCUUGAGCGUGAACCCUCAUUGGCUUCUCAAUUCCCAAGGACUUUUCUUCUGGAAGGGAAUUACAAGGCGAGCCUGCCGUCGCUUUGGCAACAAACUUUCAACCUCUCUGGAUGAGAACAUAUCUAUUAAUACAUUCGAUAGUCUGGGGAGCGCAAAUUUUCUUCCAGGUGCAAAACAGCUUUACAGGGCUGAGCUGGCCACUGGCUUAGCUGCGCUUAGAGGGCAGCAAAGCCAAGAGCUGCGGUUGCAGGAACCUGCAGAGAAGUGAAAGUUUAUCCGCAACAGGUGGUGGCCGCCGCCCAGGGCGCGCUUGUGAGAACAGAUGGCGAUGGCGCGCAGAAAACUCUUGCAAAGCAGGCAAGUGGGGUCUCUCCUCCUUUUUCUGUGCGUUUCCGUGGGGGGUGAGGCAACCAUCCGCUACUCGGUGGCGGAGGAGAUGGAGAGCGGUUCGUUUGUGGCUAACGUGGCUAAGGACCUGGGGCUGGAGAUAGGGAAGCUGGCUGCGCGCGGGGCGCGGCUGGUUUCCGAGGGCAACAAACUGCACUUCCGGCUCCACCGCAAGACCGGGGAUCUGUUCGUGAAGGAGAAGCUGGACCGGGAGUCCCUGUGCGGCAAAGCCGACCCGUGCGUCCUGCACUUUGAAAUCGUCCUGGUGGAGCCCCUGCAGUCCUUCCGCGCCGAGGUCAGGGUGUUUGAUAUCAACGACAACGCCCCGAUUUUCCCAAACAAGGAGCCGGUGUUAAAGAUUCCAGAGAGCACGCCCCUGGGCUCACGGUUCCCUCUGCAGAGCGCCCAGGACCUGGACGUGGGCCUCAACGGGCUCCAGAACUACACCCUGAGCGCCAACGCCUAUUUCCACCUGCACACCCGCUUCCGCAGCCACGGGCCCAAAUACGCCGAGCUGGUGCUGGACAGACCCCUGGACAGAGAGGAGCACCCCGCAGUCAACUUGACGAUCACGGCGGUGGACGGCGGGUCCCCUCCCAAGUCCGGCACCGCCCACAUCCGCGUGGAGGUCCUGGACGUCAACGACCACGUGCCCCAGUUCUCCCGCCUGGUGUACCGCGCGCAGGUGCCCGAGAACAGCGCCAACGGCUCUUUGGUGGCCGCGGUGACUGCCACGGACCUGGACGAGGGCUCCAACCAGAGGAUCACGUACUCCUUAGCUCAAAACCCAGAGGCAAUUCUCCAGACGUUUCAGAUCGACCCUGAGACCGGAGAGGUUCGCCUGAGAGGGCCCCUCGAUUUCGAAGCGAUGGAAACCUACGACAUUGACAUUCAAGCUACCGACGGAGGGGGCCUCUCUGCCCACAGCAAAGUCCUGGUGGAAGUGGUGGAUGUGAAUGACAAUCCUCCGGAAGUGACCGUCUCCUCUGUGUCCAGCCCUCUCCCUGAGGACUCCCCCCUGCAAACGGUAGUGGCCCUUUUCUCCAUCCGAGACCGGGACGUGCGAGUGGGAGGGAAAAUCACCUGCUUCCUCAGAGAAGACCUUCCCUUUGCGGUCAAACCUACGUUCCGGAAUGCUUACUCGCUGGUCACCGACAGAGGCUUGGAUCGGGAGGAGGUCUCGGGCUAUAAUAUCACCCUCGUUGCCAUGGACACCGGACCACCCAAUCUGUCCACAGAGACUGUCAUAGAGGUGCUAAUAUCUGACAUUAAUGACAACCCCCCGCUAUUUCGGGAGGACUCCUACAUCUUGACUGUCCGGGAAAACAACAGCCCUGCAGUUUUCAUCGGCAAAGUCCAUGCUGAGGAUUUGGAUUUGGGCGAGAAUGCCCAAAUCACGUAUUCUCUGCUGCCUCCAAAGAGCGGAGAUCUAUCCGUCUUUGCUUACAUCUCCAUAAAUUCAGACAACGGGAAGCUCUAUGCACUGAGAACCAUGGAUUAUGAGGCCAUUCAAGAUUUCCAGUUUGUGAUAAAGGCAACGGAUGGGGGCUUCCCAUCGCUGAGCAGCCAGGUUACUGUCCGAGUGGUGGUCCUGGAUGACAAUGACAACCGCCCCAUGAUCUUGUACCCCUUGCAGAAUGGCACCUUGCCCUGCAAUGACCUGGUGCCCAGGUCUGCAGAGGCAGGCUACCUGGUGACUAAGGUGGUGGCUGUGGACGGUGACUCGGGUCAGAAUUCUUGGCUUUCAUAUAAUCUGUUUAAGGCCACUGACCCCGGGCUAUUCUCUGUUCAACAACAAAAUGGGGAAAUCCGCACACUGCGGCAGAUAUCUGAGAGAGACCCCAUGAUGCAGAAACUUAUCAUUCUUGUUCAGGAUCAUGGCCAACCAGUGCUUUCCACCACUGCUUCACUCAACAUCCUGCUGGUAGAAGGCUUUUCUGAGCCCUACCUUCAGUUCCGGGAUCCAUCCAAACAUCCUGCAAUGGUAAAUCCAUCCACUAAAUAUUUGGUCAUUUCUCUGGCUGUGCUUUCCUUUCUCUUUCUCCUCUCGGUCACGGUGAUCUUCCUUAUACACAUCUGCCAGAAAAUUAAAUAUAGAGAAAAGAUCACAAUUCAAGAGCAUUUCUAUGAUGACUGUAAUUUCCCUAACCACCUGGUACCAGGAGGAGCCAAUGGAUCUCUAUCCCAGCCCUGUCCCUACGAAAUGUGCUCAGCCACUGGCACUAGCACUAGUGAGUUUCGGUUUCUUAAGCGCUUUAUGCCCAACUUCCCCUUUCCCCAUGGCACUGGAAAGGUAAAGACAGAGGCUGGCUCCAGUGUACCACUAGGAUCACUGGAUUAA